AUGAGGUGUCUGGUAGCGACAGGACCUAAUGCAAUUCCAGUCUCCCUAGAGCGGGGGAACCGCCUCCUCAACACGAUAGAGGAAAUCAAAAUGAGCGAUGAGGACGUGCAGGGUACUCAGCCGCCUUCGGAAACGCGGUUCGAGUCUGGGGCGGUGCCGAUGCGGAGUGAGGAGGCUCCGUGCGAGAAGACAGAUAGCAGCGGGAAAUCUGCAGAAGCGACAGAAGAAGACUGCAAGCCAGAAGCGAUAGAGACUAUGCCGCAUUGGUGGCGGGAAAUUAGUGCGAAGGAAUCUUGCAACCAAGGAAGAGCAUUGCGUUACGUGGGUGCAACAGCGGUACUUCGCGUUGAGCUUGCAGGAAGUUCAUGCGAGGCGCUUUUAGACACAGACGCUUCGACAAGUUUCAUUAGCCCUAAAACAGUCGAACGAUUGCAGCUGAGGGUGCGGAGACUUCCAGAGGAGCAUAGGUUCACUGUAGCUACAGGUGAACAAUUACGCAUUGAUCGAGUUGUGACGGGGUUGACAAUCCGGUGUGGACACGCACGCUUUUCCGCGGGCUUCUUUGUGGGACCCGUUCCCUAUGAUUUAGUUUUGGGUUUGGAUUGGCUGAUGGAACAUAAGGUGGCCUGA